GCGGCUCCCCGCCCUGCUCGCCGCGCCAGUCUCCGCAGUGCGCAGGCGCGGAGCUCACUUCUUGUCAGUCGGCGCCGCGUGCGGGUUUGUGGCUCUGUAGCAGUAGCAGCGGCGGCGGCUGGUCUCCGGCACGAUGAGCGGCUUCAGCAGCGAGGAGCGCGCGGCGCCCUUCACCCUCGAGUACCGAGUCUUCCUCAAAAAUGAAAAAGGACAAUAUAUCUCUCCAUUUCAUGAUAUUCCAAUUUAUGCAGAUAAGGAAGUGUUUCACAUGGUUGUUGAAGUACCACGCUGGUCGAAUGCAAAAAUGGAGAUUGCUACAAAGGACCCUUUAAACCCAAUUAAACAAGAUGUGAAGAAAGGAAAACUCCGUUAUGUUGCAAAUCUGUUCCCUUAUAAAGGAUAUAUCUGGAACUACGGUGCCAUCCCUCAGACUUGGGAAGACCCAGGACACAAUGACAAACACACCGGCUGUUGUGGUGACAAUGACCCGAUUGAUGUGUGUGAAAUUGGAAGCAAGGUGUGUGCACGAGGGGAAAUUAUCAGAGUGAAAGUUCUGGGCAUUCUGGCGAUGAUUGACGAAGGGGAAACCGACUGGAAAGUCAUUGCUAUUAAUGUGGAAGAUCCUGAUGCAGCUAAUUAUAAUGAUAUUAAUGAUGUCAAGCGGCUGAAACCUGGCUACCUGGAAGCUACUGUGGAUUGGUUUAGGAGGUACAAGGUUCCAGAUGGAAAACCUGAGAAUGAGUUUGCUUUCAAUGCAGAAUUUAAAGAUAAGAACUUUGCCGUUGACAUUAUUGAAAGCACUCAUGACUAUUGGAGAGCUUUAGUGACUAAGAAAACUGAUGGAAAAGGAAUCAGCUGCAUGAACACCACGGUGUCUGAGAGCCCCUUCCAGUGUGACCCUGAUGCUGCCAAAGCCAUUGUGGAUGCUUUACCACCACCAUGUGAAUCUGCCUGCACAAUACCAACAGAUGUGGAUAAGUGGUUCCAUCACCAGAAAAACUAAGGAAAUUUCUCUGGAAUACAAGCUGAUAUUGCUGCAUCCUACCUGUCGGAAAGUGUUAGAUGUGAACGUAGUAGCUUUUCCAAGCUUUAAACUUAUAGAACUAAUCAGUCAGAUUCUGCUGUCACCAGUCUAAUAUAUUCAUACAUGAUCCAUCUAAGAGCAUUUAUCAUGUCAACUAAGGUAACUUUUAGUUCCUGCUUAAAUAUGAAGGCGGUUGUAGUUUGGAAGUCAUCUGUGACUGAGUAUGCAAGAUAAGUACAUAUUGGAUGUAUAUGUUUGCCAUGGGUUAGGAAAUAAAAAUUAUUUUGUUUCAACUUGG